AUGGCCACUAUACCAACUGUUGCUUCAGUCUCAUCUGCACCUGCCAUGACUACCACUAUAUCAUCUGGAUCCUCGGAUAAGGGCAUCAAGCGAAAACUCGAGGAUGCCAUUCUCAGUUUGGACGAGGCGGUCGGACCGUCGUAUUUUACACUGGAUCAACGUCCUCCAACAAAGAAGGCUAGGACGGGGAGAUCCUUCUACUCGACACUAGCGAGGUAUGGUGUCGGCAACGAGAUUAAAUCUACAAAGAAGGACCUCGAUUACCUCUACAGAAAUGCUCCACAUUUGGCUGCUAUAGUAUCCCGUGCGGCCACUCGCGCUCGUAGUUCGACCCCAUACAAGUUGAGCCAUGUGGCCAAAACAACAACAAAAUCCUUCAGUGCAGACUACCGGCCCUCCUCUCUGCAAUCAUUCCUCUUACGUCUAUCCACUUACAAGCUCAGCACAUACGCAAACAAGCCUCCCGCCAUAGAUGCGGUCGCCGCGGCAAAAUGUGGCUGGAUCAAUGACGGCAAAGACCGUCUAGUAUGUGGCAUUUGCAGUGUUUCAUGGGUUGUUGCGGGACGCGAAGGCCUCAAUCGAGACGCCGCCAAUGCCCUGCUAGAGAAACAGCGCGUACAACUGGUGGAUAUGCAUAAGGAUGGUUGUCCGUGGAAGACCCGGCAGUGCGAUCCUACGAUUUAUCGGAUCCCUUUGCACACUCCCUUGGCUAUGGCGAGGGAUGUUAAGGCAAGGGCGGUGGCGUUGGACACCGUCUUACAGGAUGUGGAGAUCAAGCAUCCCCUUACGCCUGCACAGAUUCAUUCGCUGCUGUCGAUCAUAUCCUCAGUGCCAUUGCUGCAAUCCGCAAACAUGGGUCGUCCAGCGCGUACGGAAUCGGCAAAUACAGACGGAGUGGCAGAUUCGCCGGAGCCCUCCGAGACGGCGGUCAUCACAUCUCUAUUUGGGUGGUCGGUGCUUCCAUCAUCGCCCUCCUCAGAGCGCGUACGCACAUCGUCUCAUUCAUCUUCCGACUCUUCGGCUGCUUCAUCAUGGGCCCACUCGCGCACGUCGUCCGUGGCCUCUCUUCGUGACGGCACUUCUACGCUUAGCCCAUCAAGGUUACAUCGCUCUCCGCAGAUCCCUUCGCCUAUCCGCUCAGAUGGGAGCCCACCUGUUGCUGUCCCGUCUCUCAAGCCUGAUACCACAUUGCUUCAUUGUGCACUAUGUCAGCGGCGCAUCGGGCUGUGGGCAUUCAUUUCCCCUCCGCAGACCAACGAUCAUUCCAAUGGCCCAGGAGCAACCGGGAAUGCAGCCAAGGCUAAGGCAAAAAUGCGGCCGAAGAGACAACUUGACGUUCUGAGGGAACACCGUUCCUAUUGCCCGUAUGUCAUACGCUCGACGACCGUGCCUUCGCUUCCCGCGCAACCUUCAGGAGACGCAGGACAUACAACAACGCCAUCGACGACCGUGCAGGUCAACGAGCAGAUAGAGGGAUGGCGAGCGGUCUUGACUGUCGUCCUGCGCCAUGGCAUGGCGCGCAGACAGCGGCUAGGCGCGAUUAGGCACACCAGUACAAGCAGGCUGGGUGCGAGUAACGGUGCCGAGGCGACAGGUUCCGGUAUCCAGGCGGAGGAAGUGCAGAAUCAGAUGAAUGCGGUUGAGGCCAUGGUGGCGGGUGUCAAGAGCCGUGGGGGCAAGGAUGUCUUGCAUUAUGUCAGGGGACUCCUGCGUUGA